AUGCUUCGAGCCGCAACAAACCUCUACUCCCCUCUCACAACCACCCCUACCAGCACCAUGUCACGCACAUUCGCCCCCUCAGAUGUCGGCAUCGAAGUCAUCCCAGUCAUGACUGGCACUUUCCUUUCAGGCGCCAUGAUGUCCCUCUUCCUCCGAACAAUCCCCGUAAUCCUCGAAACCACCACAGCGCCCUCCCAACUCCUGCACCAAUGGCACCGCAUCUUCUACCGCGGCCACAUCCAAGGCCCCCUCAUCUCCAUCGCCACCGGUCUCCUCUACAGCUUCGCCGCCUACCAACGCGCCCAGCGCGGCGGCGCAUGGAAACCUCUCGCAGUUUCGGUAGCCAUUACGGUGGCGAUGAUUCCGUUUACGUGGGUGUUCAUGGCGAAUGUGAAUAAUAGUCUGUUCAGUGCUGUGGCGGUGACGGAGAAGGGUGGUGUGGGGGAUUGGAAGGAGGCGGAGGGGUUGGUGAGGAGGUGGGGUGCGUGGAAUGCGGUUAGGGCGUUGUUUCCGUUGAGUGGAGCGGUGCUGGGGUUGUUGAGUACGUGUAAGUUGGUGUCGUUUUGA